AUGGGCGUGCUGAACUGCAAACCAACCUUUAGUCCCAUGCUUCCCAAUCUCAAGCUUCAAAAGGACGAUGGAAAUCCAUAUCCAGAUCCAAAGUUGUAUAGACAUAUUAUUGGCCGCCUUCUCUACCUUACUAAUACACGGCCAAAUCUUUCUUUCUCUGUCAAUAAACUCACUCAAUUUGUUUCAUAUCCAAUGCAUUCUCACUUUGUUGCUGCUACCCGUGUCUUGCACUACAUCAAAGGUUGUCCUGGUAAAGGACUUUUCUUUUCAUCCUCCUCUAGUUUGCAACAUUCUGCUUUUUCAGACAAUGAUUGGGCAGCAUGCCCUGAUUCAAGAAAAUCUAUCACUGGUUUUAACGUUUUUCUUGGCUCUUCCCUCGUUUCUUGGAAAUCAAAGAAACAAACUGUAAUUUCUUGCUCUUCCUUCGAUGCAGAAUAUUGA